UGACAGUUUCUUCCUUCACUAACUAUAAUGCUGCUCUCAAAUAUUGAUUGUUUUUAAUUUGUAUUUACAAACAAUUUUACCAAAAUUAUCAUAUAACAAAAAAAUUAAUAAAUAAUAAGAAAAAAUGGCUAAUAUAACACUGUAUGGACAAUGCCGAUGCUGUCUAAAGAGCGGGAAUCACAAAAACAUAAUGAAAGAAUACUAUCAUAAUAGUGUACGAGAAGUCUAUAUGGAUAUUUUUUUGGAUUGUUUUAAUAUAUUUCUAUCCACAAGCAAUGAAAUAAGUUCUCUAAUAUGCACUUCCUGCAUUGAACAACUGAGAGAGGCAAACAAAUUCAAAACAAUGGUUGUGAAUAACGAACAGAGGCUCUUGGCUCUGACAAAUAAAGACACUAUAUUUAUAAAUGUACCAAAUAAUACACAUACAGACAUUGAGCUAGAUGUCAAAAUGGAGGGUACCUUGAACAUAAAGGCUGAACCGGACAGCGAUUUGGAGAAUGUUGAUGUCGACAAUUCGGAUCCAGAUUUCGAAAUGAAUGACUAUGUCAACGAUAGUGAGGACUACCAAGAUGAGUUAGCCGACGAUGGGCUUAUACAGGGUGAGGCGGAGUUGUUGGCUCGGUUCCCUGAGCCAUUCCGGUUGCCGAAUCGGGACACCCUGUAUAGUAGUGCUUGUGCGGAUUUCGUGAGGCAUUUGGAUCUGCUUAAAGGAAAAAUAAUCACAACAAAAAUGAUAUCGAACCUUAUCGACGAAUCCGAGAGGAACCGUUUCAUCAGCAAGAAGAUCUACAUAACCGAGAAGAUGGCGCACAUCCUCAACACAUCGACGAUUCUGGAAAACUCCAACGUCACGCCGUUCAAGAGCCGGAACCGAUCCGGGUUCCCGUGCUUCUACUGCAGGAGCAUAUACGAAGACCUGUCGACCCUGAGGGAGCACCAGCGCAAGACGCACACCAAAUGCGACAUCAAGAAGGCCCUGAGCGCCUACGGGGCGGAGUGCCUGGUCGUGUACGUGGACAUAACCGACCUGCAGUGCACCAUAUGCGACCAGAAGAUGCCCAACCUGAACGAGUUGAAGACCCACCUCGUCCGCGUCCACAAGAAGAAAAUGCACACGGACUUCACGGAUCGCGUGAUACCGUUCAAGCUGCACCAGGAGAGCGACAACAAGUACGAGUGCCAGCUGUGCGGCUUCAGUUUCGAAACGUUCGGCUCCAUAGAGCGGCACAUGAACGUGCACUACAGGAACUACGUGUGCAAAGAGUGCGGCACGGGCUUCGUGACGAAGUACAGGCUGAAGGUGCACACGAAGAGCAUGCACGUGGGCGGGAGCUACCCGUGCGACGUGUGCAAGAAGGUGUUCACGACGCAGCAGAAGCACAAGAACCACGUGGACACGGUGCACAGGAUGGUGAAGCGGUUCAAGUGUCCGCACUGCAGCGAACGCUUCUCGGAGUACUUCCGCCGGCAGAAGCACUUGGUGGAGGUGCACGGCGGUCCGCCUCUGCAGUACAGGUGCAACGUGUGCGAAAAGUCCUUCGACAGACGUUACACCCUGUCCAGACACUUGAAACGCGAUCACCUGGAGGAGCGCGACUACCAGUGCCAGAUGUGCGCUUACAAAUGUUUCACGAAAAACGAGCUGAGGGUGCACAUGGUGAAGCACAACGGCGAAAGGAUAUUCGAGUGCUCGGUGUGCCACAAGUCGUACGCGAGGAAGAAGACACUGCGCGAGCACAUGCGGAUACACAACAACGACCGGCGUUUCGCGUGCGCGGUGUGCGGCCAGGCGUUUGUGCAAAAGUGUAGCUUGAAAGGACACAUUAAAACGCACCACGUGGAGUAUAAUUUGCCAAUUUGAAGACUUUGCGGGUAUGUCAGGAUGUAUCUAGCAAUAAAAUGAAUCCCAUAACUUCCAAUGUGAUUUAAGACAAAGUGUAAAUAUAAUGUGUAUAAUAUUUUUAAUAAACAUUUUAAUUAAAUUAUUUGCUUCAUUAUAUUUAAAAAGAUUUUUUGUUGUGUAUGUCCGUUUCUUGUAUGUCCCACACUCAAUUUCAGUUUUCACAUUUUAUCUGGUCCUUUGCCUUGUCACGGGGAUCAAUGGAGGGAAAUAAAAUAAAACGUUUAUUAAAUAUGAUAUUUUUUUAAUCUUUAAUAAGCCUAACAGGUAGGUAUGUAGAUAUUUGUAAAAAAGCGACAUGGGGCGGGACGAAUGCAUACAAACUCGUUACUUGGGAGUAAUUUUUAAUCUGUUGAAAAAAACAACUGUCAAUUUUCCCGCGCUGUCGCUUUAUAAAUAAUACAAUGAUAAUAAAAUUAAUGAGUUACAAAAUAUAACAAUAAAUUGCGAUUAUUCGGUUUGACACUUUGUGAAUACGCAUUUUUGUAUAUUUUACAUAAAUAAUAUUAUUAUUUAUUCAAAUAUAAACGUCCAAAAACGUAUUCACAGAGUAAAAAUCAAACCUAUCUCCAACAAUUAUAUUAACCUAUGAGUUAUAACAAUAAAAAUUAAACCUAAAUAAAUUAAAAUCAUAAUUUGGUACGAGACAUCCAAUCGAUUGGACAGAUUAUAAAUAAAGUGUAACAGGGGUGGGAUUUAUGAUUGUUUACCUGUCAAAUUUUCUGGGAGACAUAUCAAAAAUGAAUGCAACAGAUAAAAACUUGUUUUCUUUUUUUUUUAAACACAUUUAGUCAAUGGUUUUUUAACUUCUUGACAUGGUUUAGAAAACGGUGACAUCGAAAUUGCAUUUAUGUCACCUCCAUAGAAUUUCUUUAUAAAUUUUCGAAUAGAGAGGGUAGAAUGGCCUCAAAAAACUUUAACUAACUUAAAAAUUACACUUAACAAAGUACAAUAUUUAUAAUAUGAGUAUGUUAUAUAGCCUGUGCUUAAAAACUUAAACAUAAUAGUAAUAAUACUUCUAUUGUUUUCUAUAAAAUAAUCUGUCUUGAGUACUCUUAUUUAUAAACCAACGGUGCGUCCACACGGAGCUUAGUUUUCUUCUAAAUACGUUAUUUAGAAAUUAAACAGUUUUAAAUCCCGAUUUAUUCCUGCCGCGCGUAUAAAAUAGCGAAAUAAGAACGCAAUUUGAACCCGCUUUAAUUAAACGUAACGAAAGUGCGUAAAAUCAAAGAAAUAGAAAAGCUAAAAGUCGCGUAUACGAUCACGAUUCCCCAAUCCUUCGUUGCUUCUUUGGUUGAAUGCGACUUCGAGUGAUGUUUUGAACUAAGACCGGUGUGGACGUACCAUUGUAAAUUUAUACCUUCACGUUAAUAAUAUUUCCUUAGCAGUAUACAAAGAGGAUUUUUAUGAAAGUUGCUUCCUUAAUAAUAAUACGUGUGUGUUAUUAUUAAGACAAUGCAUGAAAUUAAUUUCUUUUUAUUUAUUAUGUUGACAAACGUUCAGUACGAACAAAAAUAUUAGUAUCCGUGUUACAUUUAUGUGAAAACAAUCAAAAAUAUAUUUUACACGAGAAUAAUGAUAUUACAUUAAUGAGAAAGUCACUAAUGAUAAAAAUCAUUAAGUAUUUUCGAUAGUUUCGAAAGUUUUUUUACAUUAAUUUUCAUCAAUAAUUAUUCAAUCAGCCUUCUAAUAAACAGCAUUGAUAAUAAAAAUAAAAAAAGGUUUAACAUACAUCAAUCAACACAUCUUACAUAUAACAUUAUAUUAACGUCAAAAGACUCGAACUUGGGCGAAGGGAUGAUAAAAUAUCAUUAAUAAAAUUUUGUAUUAGUGUUACUACUUUAAAAAGUAAAAGUUUGUAUUUAUUGCAAGAAAAUAAUUGAUUUAAACACAUCCCUUUUUAUGUGGUGUUACUGGUGGAAAUAAGUUAGGAUAUAAUAGUUUUUGAUAAUGAAAUUUCAAUUUUUUUGUUGAAUUAUGAAGCCAAUAUUCAUUAAUGAUUUUUUUUUUCGAAUAGCUGUUCUGCAAUACAAAUAAACUGUAUGAGUAUAAGCAAUAUUCUAAAAACGUAUUGUAGAACACAGAGCAGUAGAAUUCAUUUUGGUCUCAAAUAUAUUUCAUGUGUAUGUCAUAUUGAUUGUGUUUUGUUUUCAAAACAAAUGGCUCAAGUAUAAAAAAAAAAACCAUUGAUACUUAUUCUUACAACGAGUGGGGUCACUUUAUAAAAUGUGUAAUGAAAAUACACAAUUUUCGUUAGUUAUUCGAAUCCAAAUUAGAAAAUAAAGUUUCAUAUUAAAAUAUAUGAUUUAUAAUAGACAAUAAACAUAUCAGUAGCAUUCACAUAAUUAACAAAAUUUCAGAUAAAUCCGUAAAGAAAUAACUUCAAUAAAUACAAAUUUGAAACAAUAGAUAUAGAACAAAAAAAAAUAAACAAAAAUAGAUUGCUGUAAGCUUGUCAUUUACAUAACAUUUAAAACAACGAUUAUAUAAUAUAGCAUUAAUAUAUUCAUACGCAACUGAUACGAAACAAUAACUCUCAAGGAACAGUGUGAAGUGUCUCUUACAAUUAAAAUCAUUCGAUCUACGUAUAACCUUAACUACGUGACGGUUUUCAUUCAUUUCGACAGAGUUUUAAUGUACAAAGUUAUAAUAAACUUACACAACUUAUUAGCUAUCAGAUAAUAUAUUUUUUUAUAUAUAUAAAUAAGCUAUUAAUUUUCAUUUAAUUUCUAUACUAAAAUAUAUCUUUAUUCAUAAUUUCAAUAUAUUUGCAAAAUCUAACCCUAUAUUACACACAUCUAACAUCAGUCGCGAGACAUGAUUUCAUUACGUCCACUUUAUUUUCAUUAUAUUCUUUUUACUCACGUACAGUUAAUUUCGGCAAACUCUUCGAUAAUAUUCCAACGUCGAAGUCAUCAAAACCGACCCCCCGUAAGCAAAACGAAUUAAUUAUUAGAGUACACAAAAGGGUCACGUUAUCAUUUCAUACGUUAGUCAUUUAUGGAUAUUUGUUCAUAUACCUACAUCGAAUUAGUUAGAUAUAACAUAAUAUAUUUUUAUUCAAAUAGUAAAUUUAUUGGUCAAAAUAUUUAUUUACAUGCCUAACGCUAAAGUUAGUCGAUGAAUUAUCAAUUACACUUAGAAAAUAACGAAUGUAUAUAUAAUAUAAUAAUAAUAAUAUAAGAUUCAAAAGAUAUUCGACGUUGUAUUCCGUGCCAAUGUAUGUGGCGAUAGAUUUCAGCUUUUUUAGAAAAUCAACUUUUUAAAAACUCUUCUAGCACGCAUUUUUUUAAAUAAAUAUUUCAUAACCGGAUUAGUUAACAAAAAACCGAGAAUCAUAUACAUAAUCAUAUAUAUAUAACAAUUUAACAAACUAUCAUUAAAUUUUUGACAGCAUCAAACUUUAAAAAAAUUUGUUUAAUGAUAUUUUCGAAUUUUGGCAUCACGCGGUAGAUAUAAGAAUGCAUUGUUUCAAAAAUUAAUGUCAUUAAUUAGAUUUGGAAAUUGCGUAUAUGCUAUCAUUUCAUUAAUUUUCUUUUUGUGUAACAAUGCUGUAAUAACUGUCACUCAAUAAGUCAUUACAAAAAGGGAUAUCGAUUUAAUUUCAUUAUUAUCCCUUCAAGAUCUAUAAAAUGUGUUUGUGUAUGAGAGAGCAAGAAAUAAGUCAUCAAAUAACAAUAUGAAAGACAAUUUCAAUUGAUGGAAAAUUCAAAUAGAUCGUCCGGUAAAUUCCACGGUCUAUUUCAAUGAAAACUCUAUAAGCGCAUGCUCAAUUUUUGUUUGGCACCGUAGUUGAAUAUGGGUGAUAAUUUUUUUUUUUUGCAUAUUUAUGCUCGAGCAUCGUGAGUCUGACUGUCACUUGACCGAGUUUAUUUUUAAAAAUCUAGUAAUAAAUUUGUUAAAAAAAAAUCACAAGUUAGAUUUAUUUUCGUAGCGACUCUCUCAUACACAAAUUGUUCUAUUUAAACGAAUUUCUUUUUUGGUAGCUUUAUGCAUAGAAAUGUUUUCAUUUAAUAAAUUAACAAAUUGCAAAACGUGGUUGUAAAAAUAAGAUGAAAAAAUAAAUAAAAAAGAUUUGUCAGAAAUAUAAAUAAUAUAGAUCCAACAUUCCGUUACAACGAUUUAAACGAAUGACGAAAUUAAUUUCAGUUGUAACAGUGAAGCACAUAGAAAAAUUAGAAUACAUAAUAUUAGAUAAAGGUGAAGUUAAAUUCGGAACUUUUAUAUUGGGUAUUAAACUAUUUCACCUAACCAGCCGUCCGCAGCCAAAACUGGUUCGAUAAAUGAAAACGAAAAAAA